AUGAGCCAUCAACGGUAUCCAUCCCUCGACCCCGUCAAGGAGCCGCAUUCGGUCUCGUUAAAGGUGCUUCGACUCUCCAGGCCGUCGUUGGUCACCCAGCAUCCGCUCGCAAACAAUAUCCCCUCUCCCUCGGGCAGCGCCCGAACGAUACCAGCCUCGCUCGCCUACCAGUCCACCAACGGUAUCACAAAUCCGGAACCGUUUCUCCUGACGCCGAUCCUGAACCUGCCACCAUCCUUCGGCUCCGCAUAUGUUGGCGAAACGUUUAGCUGUACGCUAUGCGGCAACCAUGAUAUUCCACCCGAGAAUGCUGCGGUCCAAGAUUCAGUACACAACUCCAAGAAAAAAUGGAUACGCGAUGUACGUAUCGAGGCUGAGAUGAAGACACCAGGCUCUGGCACGGUCCAGAAACUCAAGCUAGGCCCUUUACCCGAACGGCCUGCACCUGCGGAUGGCGAGGAUCAGCCAGGAGCGGGUGAGGAUAGUAGAAGCGGCACGGAUCUCGAGCCCGGCCAUACCCUGCAAAAGAUUGUCAAUUUCGAUCUCAAAGAAGAGGGAAACCACGUCCUCGCUGUCACGGUUUCGUACUAUGAAGCUACGGAGACGAGUGGGCGGACACGCACCUUUAGAAAACUCUACCAGUUCAUUUGCAAGAGCAGCUUGAUUGUGCGGACCAAGGUUGGCGUGCUGCCAGCUGCUGCAUCGAGGGCUCAGAGCGAUGAAGAUAAGGAGAAUCAGACUGGCCCGGCUGAAAAUGACAAAACAGAAACAGAAGAGGCCAGGAAGGGCUGCAGAAAAUGGGUCCUUGAGGCCCAGCUUGAGAACUGCUCGGAAGAUGUGAUGCAACUAGACCGGGUGCAACUCAACCUCGAGCCCGAGGCACCCUUGAGGUUUAGGGAUGCCAAUUGGGCAGUCAGUUCCAGCGCAAAGCCGGUACUGCAUCCAAGUGAGGUUGAGCAAGUUUGUUUCUUGAUCGAGGAAGACGGCCGCGAGGCGCCAGUCGAUGAGCAAGACGGCAGGGUUCUCUUUGGCAAACUCGACAUCGGCUGGAGGACCGAGAUGGGCAAUCGUGGAUUCUUAUCUACAGGCAAGCUAGGCGCAAAGGUGGCCAAAUAA